UCGACCUCACCUCUUGACCUGCCUUUUACUCUGACCGACGUCGCACCCUGCUCAUCAUCUUUCUCCUUGUUUGGGUGGCUGGCGCAUUACAAGUUCUUGCUCUUCUUUCCUCCUCUUCUUGGAUACAUCUUCUCACCUUGCGCAAUUGUCCCGUUCUGUCAGCCUUCUGCGACCCAGUCUGCGUAGGAACAUCCAACACGGUCACCACUUGCGCGAACCUCACACGUCCUACUAUCCUUGUCCAUCCCUCUCGCACCUCGAUGACUCGAAACCAUGUCCUAAAAUCCACACUCGACGGUAGAGUCCACCUGUCUCCCAUGGAGCCACAUGUCAAGUAUAAAACCAAUUAAAAGUCGAUAAUGGCCGCUACGAUAAAGAAUAAUAACGUCGACAACCCCACGAAUUCUUCGUCGUCCCCGAGGUUCAAAGGUCGAGAGAACACAAAGGAUACCCUCUGUCGCAACGUUACUAUUUAUGGGAAAUGCCGUUACGAAGACAAGGGCUGCGCUUUUAGCCAUUCAAUACCAGGUUCUACCUCAGAUACCAGCCAAACGGAUGCCCAAGCAAAGAAGAUGUUGAACGUCGACUCCCCUAGCUUUACUCCCUCUUUCCUCUCGCCUAACGAUUCCAACGCUGUUACGGUCAAGAAGCCUGCCGGAAUAUCACCAAAGGCUGCCAGUGCUGCUCCGUUCAUGCCCAAGGCCAUCAUCACUCGUCCUUCGAAUACCACUCCACUCCGUCAAGACACUAGAACCCCUGACUGGGUUUUGUCUGACCUACAAGAGUUUGUACCUAGGCAACAACAGGAGUCAUCUUUGGGGUCCGAAAGCGAUGUUUCCAUUCCGCAACAGUUUGACUCCUUUCAAUCAACCCAUGCCGCUAAUCCCUAUCUUGAACAUAACAUGAAUGGUCAGGGAUUCUACCAAGCGUCAUCCUUCCAGCAGCCGGUGCAAUACCAUAACUAUGCCCCCAUCGGGCAUUUCAACUCCAAUCUCACACCAUACCAACGCACUGCACACGACCUCUUCAUUCCUAACACUCUCCGCGAGGAUAUUCAAAAGAAGUCUGCCGCGGCCUUGCAGACUUUACCUAAUUCUCAACUUCCGAAUCACAUUGAAUCCUACCAUUCUCUAGUCCCACUCGAUACAAACCACAAAGGCUCCACCAUCUUUGGUGGGUAUACUUCAUGGGUCUACAAAGCACAAUCCAGUGCCAACGGUCACUUUUUCGCGCUGCGGCGGAUUGAAGGCUUCAGGUUAACGAAUGAGAUGGCCAUUAGAGCCGGCCAGGCCUGGAAACAAAUCAGCAAUGCCAGCAUUGUCCGAGUGGUCGACGUCUUCACUAAUCGUGGAUUCGGAGACAGUUCUCUUUUCAUUGCAACAGACUACCACCCGCUCUCCAAAACAUUGCUUGAACACCACCAUCUAGGGCAGAACUGGUCUCGCUCGACGCGCAACACCAAAGAGCCGGUUACCGAAACUCUUCUCUGGAACUACAUUGUUCAAAUUACAUCGGCAUUGAAAACAAUCCAUGCCGCUGGGUUGGCUGCUCGCGUGGUGGAUGCUUCGAAGAUUCUGGUGACAGGCAAGAACCGUAUUCGACUCAAUGGCUGCAGUAUAUUAGACGUUGUCCAAUUUGAGAGCGGCGUGUCGAUUCCCCAGCUUCAACGACAAGAUCUGGCCAACUUUGGCCUGGUCAUUCUUUCAAUUGGUAGUGGGACAUCGGAUCUGGGCCAGAAUUUUGCCCGCAGUAUGGACCUUUUCAAUCGGUACUACAAACCCGAACUGCAAAAUGCCGUGAUGUGGCUCUAUUCAGCCAUACAAAACCAGGACAAAACGAUCGAUCAAUUCGUGACCUUGAUCGCAAACCAGAUGGUUACAUCGUUUAACGCAGCACUUCACAAUGACGACGCCCUUUACACUGACCUGGCUCGAGAAGUGGAGAAUGCGCGACUGGUACGGUUGAUGGCCAAGAUCAACUUUGUCACAGAACGAACGGAAUAUGAGCACGACCGGGCCUGGUCGGAAAAUGGGGAGCGGUAUUUCAUCAAACUGUUCCGUGAUUAUGUGUUCCACCAAGUGGACGCACAGAAUCGUCCGGUGGUGGAUCUUGCGCAUGUCUUGAAUUGCUUGAACAAGCUAGAUGCAGGAUCCCACGAAAAAAUGACGCUGAUCAGUCGUGAUGAGCAGAGCUGCUUCGUGGUAAGCUUUGCAGAGGUGAAAAAGGGCAUUGAAAACGCUUUUGCAGAGUUGACUAAGGGUCAGCCUCAAUUGAGAUAGACGUCUUAAGUGGGGAUAUCAAGGUCCAGUGAUCGAGACACGGAAGGGCCGAUGUAAGGGGAGGGGAGAGGCACCAUCGAGCAGUUGAAAAUUUGGGGGUGAUGUCAACAGUGGGCGGCUGGCAUCUGCAACAUGCACAGCCAGGAUUCAAGGAUGGUUGGUUGGGAGCCAGAAGAGGGGGUCGUUGGACACGACCGGCCGAGAAGCAAUUGCUAUUUGGCCAAGUGAAUGGGACGGGCACCACAUGUUGGGACAGAUGGCAUGACAUUGUGUAUUGAGGUGAGGGAAUAAAGUGGCAGGUCCAACAACGACAUGUUGAUCAAACAGAUCGAGAGGACAUGAGAUGAUAUAAAGCUGCCCGUGUUGUGUGUAUGGUGUGAGGCGCAGCAAAGCAAACACGCAGAAUGCAGACAGGAUAACUCGUCAUAUAUGUGAAUCAAUGAUUGAGA